UAAUAUUUGUCUGUUCAAAAAAAGAAAUAUUUGUCCUCCAACAGAGUCAGAGAUUACUACCUUCCUUCUCUCCGGUCCUUCUAAACUCUCACCAUUCAAAACCACCAAACUCGUCCUUCCUUCCUUCCCCACAACCUAGGGUUUCAAUUUCUCCUCCAAUGGCUUCUUCAAUCCAAGGCCUAGUCCCCGCCGCGUGCCCCGGACUCCGUUCCCGCCGCCUCUCGCAUCCGUCUUCUUCCACUUCGUCGUUCUCUGUCGCUCUCUUCCCUGAGAGUGGUCGGAAAUUUCCCUAUCAUCGGAAAAUGGUGCGAAAGGCGGAGGAUUGUGGUGUUUGCAGGGUAACGGUCCAGCAGGCGGCCGUGCAAGGAGCUUCGGCCGCUUAUGCUAAGGAAAUGGAGAGACUCUCUGCCAAGGAAUCGCUACUCCUCGCCUUUAAAGAUGCUGGAGGAUUUGAAGCUUUAGUUACUGGAAAAACUACAGAUAUGCAGCGGAUUGAUGUGAAUGAGAGGAUAAUUGGUCUUGAAAGGCUCAAUCCAACACCUCGGCCAACAACGUCAUCAUUUCUGGAAGGACGGUGGAAUUUUGAGUGGUUUGGAUCUGGAAGCCCAGGACUAUUUGCUGCUAGAUUCAUUUUUCAGAGAUUUCCGCCUACACUGGCCAAUUUGUCAAAAAUGGAUAUUGUGAUCAAAGAUCGAUAUGCCAAAAUAACAGCGAUCAUGAGACUGUUGAACUCGGUAGAAAGCAAAUUCGUUGUUUCUACCCAGUUAUCCGUCGAGGGACCGCUUAGAAUGAAAGAGGAAUAUGUUGAAGGAGUUCUGGAAUUACCAAAAGUUGAUGAAGAAUCAAUACCUGAACAGCUAAGAGGUCCAUUUGGUCAGGCAGUCAGCACAGUACAGCAGCUUCCUGGUUCUAUAAGGGAUGCAGUGGCCAGUGGGCUGAAAGUUCCUUUGAGCGGGACAUUCCAGAGACUAUUCAUGAUUUCGUAUCUUGAUGAAGAGAUUCUGAUAAUAAGAGACAGUUCUGGACUACCGGAAGUUCUUACAAGGUUGGAUACUCCUCCAUCUACCUUAGCAGAAUCCCCGGCAGAGUAUGAAAGUUAGAACAGUUUGUUCGCUUAAUACGAGUACUGCUUUCCCCAAUUUAAAUCACAAUGCAUGUACAACCAUUAUAGAGUAGUAAUUAAACAUCAAUUAUUCCUUCCCGAAAUAAUUGAGUAAAAAGCUUUUUCUUAAUUA